AUGCAGUACGGCAAUCAAUCGCCUUCCUUUGGCCGUGAACCUUUACUCGCGUCUGCCCAAACUCCUGGCAUGAGCCAGCGCCUUUCUGAAUCAUCAUUAGCAUCAUACGAACAAUCUCACAUGUCACACAGAGGUAAUCCCAACAACGCAAGCCCCGCGUCUUACGCGUCUUUCUCUUCCGCAAAUCGAUUCGGUCCAACAGCUAAUAUCGCUCCCACAACCACUCCAUCUGCCUCAUCAGAUGCAGCCUUAUCAAGAGGCGCAUAUGCCGCCGGACCAAUGGAAGAUGACGAUGAUCUAGAUGAUCAUUUACAUACUUUUACAGCUGGAGAAAAGAAAGAUCUGAGCACACCGUUCGAUAUCACAUCAUGGAGAGGGUGGGCAAACGCUUUAACUCUCAUGUUUUUGGCUGUAGGAGGUGUAAUGCUUUUCGCUGGUUUCCCAAUUUUAUCUUGGUAUUACGGUAAUAGUAAUUCAUCAGGAGCAAAUACAUCUGGUUACAAUUUAGGUGGAAUCAAUGGUAGUGGUCAAUACCCAUCCAUCACAGGUUUACCUCAACUUAUCGAUACCGACACACCUUCAGAUGCUUACACAAAGACGGGUGCAGAUGGAAACGAAUGGAACCUUGUUUUCUCAGAUGAAUUCAACAAGGACGGAAGAACUUUCUACGACGGUGAUGAUCCUUUCUUCCAAGGUGUCGAUUUCCACUAUUGGGCAACUGGUGAUUUCGAAUGGUAUGAUCCUUCUGCUGCCACCACUGCCGACGGCCACCUUGUUCUCACCAUGACUCAGGAAAACAUUCACGAUCUCAACUUCAAAUCUGGUAUGUUACAAUCUUGGAACAAGCUCUGUUUCAACAAAAAUGCAUAUAUCGAAGUUUCUGCAAGUCUUCCCGGUACCACAACCGUCGGUGGAUUCUGGCCUGGUAUCUGGACUAUGGGUAAUCUCGGUCGACCAGGUUACGGUGCUACCACUGAAGGAUUAUGGCCUUAUACUUACGAUUCUUGUGAUAUCGGUACUCUUGCCAACCAAACAACUGUAGACGGUACCGGUCCCGAUGCUACCCUCACAACCGGAGCCAGUGGCGGUCCCCUCUCUUAUCUUCCAGGUCAACGACUUUCAGCCUGUACUUGUGCAGGUGAAGAUCACCCUGGCCCAAACGUCGGUGUUGGUCGUGGUGCCCCCGAAAUCGAUAUGAUCGAAGCCCAAAUUAUCUUAUCAGAGCAACGAGGAGAAGUUUCCCAAUCUUUCCAAGUCGCUCCAUUUGACGAUUACUAUCAAUUUAACAACGCCAGUGGCAUGUUCAAGCAGUACGAUACAGAUCUUUCUUAUUGGAAUACUUAUUUAGGUGGUAGUUACCAACAGGCUGUGUCAACUCUUACUCGAGUCCCAAGAGAUAUCUACUACAGUCAAUCUGGAACCAACGGACAAUUCACCACAUUUGCUGUAGAAUGGCAAGCUUUCCCCGACAAAAGAGAAGACGGCUACAUCGCUUGGUACAGUGACGGUACACCAAGUUGGACAAUGUAUGCCGAUGCCGUUGCCGCCAAUUCUCGAGUUGAGGUAGGAAGGAGAAUUAUUCCCGAAGAACCAAUGGCUUUAGUCUUCAACUUUGGAAUGUCAAACAAUUUCCAAGCUGUUGACUUUGACAAUUUGAUCUGGCCAAAUUAUGUUCGAAUCGAUUGGAUCCGAGUGUAUCAGAGAACUGACACCGGUACCGUCGGUUGUGAUCCUUCAGACUACCCUACGGCAGAUUACAUCACAAAACAUGCAACAGCCUACAACAACGCCAAUCUCACAACAUGGGCUGCAGCUGGCCAAACUUUCCCCAAGAACAGACUCAAGGAUACUUGUUAA